AUGUACUCUCGUAAUAAAAAACAAAACAGCAUGUAUUCCACUGUACCUGACAGAUGCCGGAAAUUAGAGCCAUGCAUGGCGGGCCUAACAGCCCACCCUGAGCUCAACCCUAUGCCCUCCGGCAUACAACCGCUGGACUUUAUGGACACAUCAGACUCACGCACGUUCCUCGCACCGGAAAACUAUUCCUCAGUCAGACGAGGCUCCUGUUGUAGCGAUACACUGGGCUCCCAGUACGCUUGGUCCACGGCCUCCAACGAUCUACUCGCAACCUCUCCAGCCCUAUCCUCGCUCGAGCCCUCUUGCUCGGGACAAACCUCGCCCUACAUGCAGAGCUACUACCCACCUAGCUCUAUGCAGUCCAAUAUAGGCACACCAAGCUACAGUCCCCAGCAAAUCAACAAAUGGUGCAUCGAAACAAACCCAAACCCCGUCGACUUCUACCCAUCCUACCCACUCAACCCAAGUCCCAUGCCCUACCCACCACCAACAGAACUCCACCCAGACCCAUUCGCACACAGCGACAACCAAAGUACAGCAAACGACUGGCUCUCAGUGCCAUCCUUCACAGACCCAAUCCCAAUCCCACCCCAAGUCCCCGUUCCAGACACCUUCUUCCCAGUCUCCUUCCCUCAACACCAACCCCAACAAACCGAAUCACCACCAACAACAAGAACAAGAACAAGAACAAGAACAAGAACAAGAACAACAUCAAACACCUCCUCCACAGGAACACGCCCCUCUCCAGCCCGUUCCUUCUCCGACAACCCCUCACCCCCAAAUAGCAAUAUCCCAAGCGACCUAAGCGCCUACGGAAUUCCAACAACAAACGGCGCCUGGCGAUGCGCACAUCCAGGCUGCUCCAGCCAAGCAGUUUUCAGAAGAGGAUGUGACCUUCGAAAACACUUCAACAGACAUCGGAAAUACCUCUUCUGUCGACAUGAAGGGUGCCCGCAGGCUUCGCAAAAUGGGUUUUCUAGUAAGAAGGAUCGGGCACGGCACGAGGCGAAGCAUAACCCGGGCAUUGUUUGUGAGGCUGUUGGGUGUGGACGGGUGUUUAGUCGGGUUGACAAUAUGAAGGAUCAUGUCCGGCGAAUUCAUCGGAGGGGGAUGGGGGAUGGGAGGUGA